AUGUCAUUAAAGAGCGUAUUAACUCAGAAUGAUAACGACGACCAAUAUCCACCAAUAUCAGGUCAUUCAUCUGUGCGCUCUAAUAGACCUGCUUCAUCAUCUCUGGAAGUAUUAACACCAGAAGUGGAGGAAAUAGAAGUAGCAAGCAUUGAGGAACCUGUUGAGGAAGCUGAAAGUGAUAACGAUAUCGAAUUAAACAAACCAAAAGAAGAGUGUACGGAAGUCACAGAUGAGAAGCAAUCACAAAAUGACACCGCAGAUUCAAGUAAUGUAAAUGCAGCCAAAGAAGAUGUUGCAGCUACGCCGGAAGAAGUUCUGGAUCCCAGAAUUGCUAAGGGAUUAAAAAGAAUUCAGAAAUUAGAUUCUCUUCUUACUGAUGUAGUCAAGAAAGAAAAAGAAGUCAAGAAGAAACGGCUAGUGUUAGAAUCUCAAUGGUCACAACAGUUAAUAGAGCAGCAAAGGCAACUCGAACGAGAAGGAAAAGAAAUUGCUUUACUAUCUAAAAAUCACAUUAACGCUAUUGGCCCUGCGCCCGAUUUAUCAACUUUCAGUGACGAUGAGGAAAUAGAAGCUUAUUCUGGAACAUUUUCACCUCUCUUUGCUACUCAACCGCCGGGACUAAUUGAAAGUAAUCUAGAUGUCAAUUACAACCUUUCCGAUAUAUCAGAUGAAGAACAAGAAAUGACAAGGACUCGAAUACAUAGAAAGAUUAAACAAAGCAGAAAGCAAAAGGGAAAAAACGAUAAAAGGCACCAUAGUAACCAAAAAAGUGAAAAAACGGACUCUAAAAAUAAAAACUAUAUUAGAAGAAAUAUCGAGCUCGCAGCAGAUGCGGCCAAUAUAGUUACGAUGACAGAUGAAGAAAAAAAGAGAAUUGAGCAGCUCUUGCUUGAAGCGGAUGAAAAUCAAGACGAAACUGAGACGAGUCUCGUUAAAGAUGAAAUAAUAGCAUGGCAAGCUGAUGAAAACGAUAUCGAUAACUAUGGUACUGAUCAUAGACAUAUAUCCUGCCUACUGAAAGGUCUAGGAGAGUAUAGCUUAUUUGAAACGAAAUUUCAACGAGAUUUAAAUCAUCGCCUUAAGACCAUUGAACAACAAUUGCAUAAAAUGAAAUAUGAUGAAGAGGAUGAUACCCAAAGCGUCGAUGAGAGCAGAUUGCAAGAGUUACUUGAACAAUGCAGAUCCUCCAUCAGUACUCCAAUCACUUCUCGAACUGGUACUGAUUUGGAAUCCGACAGAACUGAAAUUUCAGAUGAAAGAUUAGAGGAGUUAAUGGAAAAAUAUAGAUUAGCCAUUAAUAGUCCAAAUCCCGCGCAUUUAGUAUCUCAAGAAGAGGAUGCUAUCUCUAGUCAAAGUGAUCAUGAAAUUAACAAUAGAGAGGUACAGCGAGAAGAUUCAAUAAUUAUUGAAGAUGUAACUCAAGCAAGGUCAAGCAUUGCAUCCAGUUACAAUGAUACUGAACUAUCUUCUCGAACCUUAACUCCGACAAAAAAUGAUAUAGUCUCAGAUAAUCUAUCUAAUAGAGCUACCGACAGGAGUCACUCGGCUCGAUCACAACGAAAAUCAAAUCGAAACAGACCAAUGUCCUCCGAAGAAAUGACAAGAACUCGAUCGAUUCAACCUGAUACUCAAUUUCAAACUCAAGCGAGAAACAGUAUUAGUGAAAGUAUUUCGGAUAGGAGGAUGAGUAGCGAAGAAAAAUCUCGCAAUGAUAAAUUUGAUAAAACAGUUUUUCGCCCUAACUCUGCUUCAAGUCUGCCAUCGUUAUCGCGCCGAACUAAACCUGCUUGGGAUAGUAAGUAUUCUGAAUUAUCCAAAUUUGGCACUAAUGAAGAUUACCAAGAUACUCCUAGUCGUAGUGAAUCGGCAGCUUCAAGCUCGAUCAUGUCCUCCAGAGACGAAAUCCCUACACCCUCUUCAAUUCAGUCCAAUAAAAGCAGAAAUCAGUUUUUGAGUAGUCCUUUUUGGCAAAGUAAUAAUAGGAAUAACGUAGAUUCAUCAACGGAAGAAAGCGAAAGUUUAUCACGAAUGAGCUCAGUAACGCCAUCAACGACUCGAAGUUUAUCACAAUCUGUGAUAACUUCAAGUCAACCUGACGUUAAUGAUAACAAUUUACAGUCUUCAUUUAUGCCACCACUGUUAACGAAAUCUCAAGAAGUAAACACGCGCGGUGGAAAAUCUGUACGCAGUUUAAAUCCAUUUAAGCCAUUACCACCAACUAAAGUUUCAUCUCCGGCAGCAAGUACUACGACCGAAGAAGAAUACAAUAUACGAUCAAGUUCACCCGAAUGCAGCGACUAG